GAGAGAGAGAGAGAGAGAGAGAGAGAGAGAGAGAGAGAAAGUUGGAUCUUACAACUUGUUUAGCUGUCUCCAUUUUAACCUCAGACUAAGAACGGACAUCAGAAUGCCCUUAUGGUACUUUGAACAAAAGGCUCAGUGUUCAUGAUUUUACUUGGAGAACCGAAAAUAGCAUUGAGUAAGCACUGACAUACUGACGUGUUGUGCUACUAAAAGCCCAGCACAGUAAUCCACGGAGAUUCUGCUGAGAAGCCUGUAAAAGCAAAUCAGUUCUUCUACUUCUUUUCUCAAGUAACUGCUAAGAAGCUGCAGACUCAGUUUCUGGAGUCCUAAGAGUUAAACCUGACAAGACUCAUCAAAUCCAUUUGUUCAUGCAAUCUUCAGUAUGGGUUGUGUACUGGAGUUGGAGACCUAUUAGGAAUCAUGCCAAAAAGAAAACUGUUUCUUCCUCCCAGAGCUGCUAUCAAAUUCCAAUACCUCAAACCUGCAAAUGUACCUUCAGGCUUUCACCACCGUGCCUCUCUAUGUUUGGAUUUUGUUUGGCUUAAGCAUGUAAAGUCUUUUGCAUGCUAUAACAGACUUUGUGAGUUCAUAUGUGCAAAUGCCCUAUUCUGUCUUAAAAAGUUUCCUUAGAGUCAUCCACUGCAUCUUGUAGUAUACUUAAUCCACCUGACCCUAGCUUCCUCCUCAAUGACUCCUAAGCUUUGAAGGGAAAACUGUGAUAUAGACUUUAUAGUUAGGGCUGAGCACUCCAAGGUCUCUUUUAUCAUCUACAUAUUGACCACUUGUAAGUCUUUGUGUUUAUUAAUAUCACUACAAAAUAAAAGUGAAAAUAAACAUAUAAACCAACAAAUAUUGCUUUGCUGCUGAUUGCUAAAAGACUCACAAAUCUAUAGGUAUAGCACUGAGCCAUUAAUAAUGAUUUUAAUAUUACGUGCAACAUACUAGUAGUAGUAGUAGUAGUAGUAGUAGUAGUAGUAGUAGUAGUAGUAGUAGUAGUGAUAGUAGUCGUCUUAGGUUCUCCUCUAGGGACCAUAACAUAUCUAUUCACCCAAAUAAUGGUGUCCAACAUAGAUUUUAUUUUACAACAUUUUAUGUUUUUAUUUGUGUGUAUAUGCACAUAUGCAUGUCUGUGUACAUUGGGUGCACACAAUUAUGUGCAAAUGAACAUGACGAAUCCACAGUAGAAUGCUGGGUGUCUGGUUCCAAAGCUCUCUGUCUUCUUUCCUCUGAGAUUAGAUCUUUCACAUUACCUAGAGCUAUUCUGGCAUCUACAAACCUCUGGUGGUCCUCCUGUAUUCAUCCCACUUUGAUGAAGUCAAAGGUGUGCUUUAUUCAUGUGGAAUAUUGUGUGUGGUUUCUUAAAUUUUGAGCUUAUAUCCUCAUGGCUUUUCUUUUUUUCAGUUAAAUCUUUUUUUUUUUUUAUAAGACAUUUUCUUUAUUUAUGUUUCAAAUGUUAUCACAUUUCCCUUUUCUCCCCCUGACACCCCUAUCCCAUCCCCCAUCCCCCUGCUUCAAUGAGGGUGUUCUCUCACCCAACCACACCUGGCAUUCUUUUACACUGGUGCAUUAAGCCUUCACAGGACCAAGGGCCUUUCCUCCCUCUGAUGCUCAACAAGGCCAUCCUCUGUUUCAUAUGUGCCUGGAGCCAAGAGUCCCUCCAUGUGUACUCUUUGGUUGGAGGUUUAGUCCCUGGGAGCUCUGAGGGGUCUGGUUGGUUGAUACUGUUGUUCUUUCUAUGGGGUCUUAAAUUCCUUCAGCUCCUUCAUUCCUUUUUCUAACUCCUCCAUUGAAGACCCCAUGCUCAGUACAAUGAUUGUCUUCGAGCAUCUGCCUCUGUAUUGGUCAGGCUUUGGCAGAGCCUCUCAGGAGACAGCUAUAUCAGGCUCUUGUCAGCAUUUACUUCUUGGCAUUCAAAAUAAUGUCUGGGUUUGAUGACUGUAUAUGGGUUAGAUCCCCAGAUGGGGCAGUCCCUGGAAGGCCUUUCCUUCAGUUUAUGCUCCACACUUUAUCUCUGUUUAUUUUGUUUCCCCUUCUAAGAAGAACUCUUACUCACAGAACUCCCUCGGAAACCUUUGACCUUUAACUAAGAAAAAGAAAAAAAAAGUAGAGCAAUUUUGACCUAUAAAAAGUUAAAAUAUCUGUAACUACUGCCCUACAGUCAUACAACUUGUGGGCCCAAGAGGACCUUCCACUUUUUUUCACCCAAAGCCUUAUAGAAUUUAUUUCUUUGACACACUUAGAUUUCAAUAAGCUCAGCAGGUAGGGGUCACCCUCUCAAAGGCAGGAGAUGGGGAUGAUAUGAAGAACUCAGAAAGGGUGGCCAGGAACUGGGGCAACUUUUGGAAUGUAAAUAAAUAAAAUAAUUUAAUACAAACAGUCUUUAAACUAUGGAUGAAUUUUUCAUCCUAUUUUAGCUACUUAUAUGUUUAAAAGUAUCCUUGAUAUUUAAUAGCUUUAGAAAUUCCUGAUCAUCACAAAUUAUAAGUCCUAUCAAACAUAGGUCUUAUUGGCCAAGCUUUCUCAAUAGUGUCACUGGAAUGGAGCCAUUGUAUUAAUUGCCAUCUGUUUUUCUCCAUGAGAAGUUGAGCUCAGUGAACUCAAAAUUUCAUGAUCCACAAGCAUUUCAGAAUAUGUUAUAUUUUUAUAAGUUUUCACAGAUGGAAUAAUUAUCUUUAUGCAAUGAAAAGGAGGUCAUAGAAAUUAAAAUUCCUAAUUAGACUCAGUUUGAAGUUCUAUAAGUGCAUACAUGAUAUUUUUCAUCCCUAAAGUCAUAAUUAGUCUUUCUUUGUAAACAUAAUUGUUCUGAGUCACCCUGGGAUCAUUGUCAGUUUAUAUGUGUUUGUGCAAUAGCAUGCAUUGCUUCAAGCAUGAUCAUGUUUAUUUGUCAUUCUAUUUAACCAUGCUUAGCAUAAAGUAAUGACAUUCAACUAUCUUGCACUAUAUUUGGAACAGGCUUUUAUGAAGGUCAUGUGUGUGUGUGUGUGUGUGUGUGUGUGUGUGUGUGUGUGUAUUGCAGAAAAUAAUGAUUCAAAAUUCAAAAUUCAGAAAAUGAGAAUCACUAGAUCUUAACUAUUUAACUGUCAGUAGCUGUGUUUAGGUAGCUGGUUAAAUACAUCAAUAUACAAAUUCAUACCUACUCACACUUUUGUAAAAUGUGUCAGUCAAAAUCCUGAAUGUGAUAGCUGAUCCCAUGAACACAUUUUCUAUGUUCUCUCUCCAUAAGAUAAUCUGUUUGACACUUGAACCUUUCUAGUGUUGUGUAACCUAGAACAUUUUCACCUGACCAGAACUGAGGAUAAUCCAAGCGUCAGUAAAAGUGACAUGAUAUUAUUUAACAUUUCUUGUGUAUAUAUAUGAAUAUAUAUAUAUAUAUAUAUAAAAUAGUGAAAUAGAUUUUAAAAUAUUCAAAUAAUCAUGCAAAAACAUUCUUUGCUUCUAAAGUUUCUGAUGAUUUCAUGCAUGUAUAUAAUGUAUUCUGAUUAUAUUGACCCAAUUACCUUGUCUUUCCAACUAGCCCAUCCCCCCCCCUUCUCUCUGUGUCUAUGUCCAUGUAUAUGAGUGUGUGUGUGUGUGUGUAUUGUGUGUGUGUAUGUUUGUAUGUGUUGUGUUCAUAUAUCAUACAUGGUGGCACAGGUACAAUGUGUUCCUGAUUAAAACAACUUUUCCAUAAUUCAUAUGUGAUUCCCUACAGCAUUAAUGACACAGUUUUCCAUUGAUUCUUUUCUGAAAUCACAUAAAAUAUUCCUAUCAAAACACAGAAAUCUUUUUAUUUCUUAAAUCUUUAUUCUGUCAUCUUACAAAGUAUAUAUGCAGAUUUAAUGGAUAAAUAAUAUUAAUUUUAAGUUUAAAAGUUCACUUGUUUUCUGCUCAGUUUUGACACCAAUUUUAUUUAUAAUUACAAAGGAAUAAAUAUAAAAUAAUAUGGGAAAAAGUAUUUUUCAACAGUUUGUAUAAGCGAGGAAGAAAUGGGAGAUUAAUUUAAGAAAAUUAGUCUUCAUUUUAUGUUAUAUCCAUUGGAUUUUUUCACCAUCAAUAUUGAGCAUGUAUAGUGAAACAAAUGCAGUAUUCAUUCAUGUAUAAUCUUUCCUUGUUGAUUAAGAGUCUGUAUUGUGAAUUCCAAACUAACAAAAAAAUGAUACUACCAGCUCCUGUAUGUCCUAUGACAUUAUACAAACAAUGAAUGGAUGGGCUACAAUAUCAAAAGGGGCAUCAUAACCCCAAUGAAGCUAUUAUGGAUGCAUGUCUUGCUAUAUACUUGACUAGAAUUAAAAAAGAAAAAUAAGGCAUAGAUUGUUCAUUGACGCUGUUGAAUGCAUGUUUUUUGAGCUAGAUUUCAUUUGUGCUCAACUGCAUUCCAGGAUUUUGAGAGACUGCUUUUCUCUCUUAUGCAUAAGAACUCUCUCUGACACAUUCCUUUUUCCAUUAUCCUCCUAUGGUCCUAAGAAUUCCACUUUAAAAUUUGUGUGUGCAGUAUUAUUCUGUGAGACUGCAACAUUUCCCUUGAUUUUUAAGAGAUCACAAAUAGAAUUGAGUUUCUAUGUUUAGUCCAUCAACUUCCACCGGACUCUGCUUUUAUCUUUCUCAAAUUGCCACCAAAUCAGUCAUUCUGACUCCUUUCCUUCCUGAAGACUUUAUUCCCAGUAUGAGAAAGGUAUCCUAAAACGAUAAAAAACAUUGUACCAGGUCUCUUUUGAGAAUAGUCUAGAAAUAAAAAACAAAAACAAAAACAAAACAAAACAAAAAACUUAUAGAACUUUAUUCAGUGUAAACAACAUAAAACAUCAGCAGCAAGUUUUACAUUAUUAAAUACUGUCCUUCAUUUUCUAUCCAAUAAAACACAGGUUUUAGCCAUAAUGUGAUUAUAAAUGCUCAAUAGGGGAUCACAUAUUCAAAAUUUGUGAACAUAGUUUCUUUCUGUGUCGUAUAGUAAUAGAUAAGAUAUGGAUUUCAAUAUGUGUUAAUGAUGCUUGUAAGUGUUGUUUUAAUAUUAUUGGAAUUUUGGCUUUUUAUAAUUUCGUAUAAGUUCAAUGCCAUGUUCAUCACACAUAUUAUGAAGUAUAUAUUAUACUCUGGAACUUAAUUAAUACAUACUAAUAUACCUAUAUAUACACAUAAGAGAAUAAAUUCAAUCGCCUUCAAAUAACAUAUUUGCAUGUUACACCAUACAAACAUAUUUAAGAUUUUAUUAUAAUAUAUUCACCUGAUUGGAAAGUAUAAGCAGAAUUGCAAAUGCAGAGCAGAGGCCUUGUUCUUACCUGGGGCAUUACUGAUGUACGUAAUCAUGAUCAGUUCUCUUUUCUUCUACUCUCUCGCUCUCUGCCUGUCUCUCUCUCUGUCUGUCUCCCUCUGUCUCUGUCUCUCUGUCUCUGUCUGUCUCUGUCUCUGUCUCUGUCUCUCUCUCUCUCUCUGUAUCACUCUCUCUCUCUUGUCCUUCUCUAUCUCUCUUCCCCUGCAUUCUACUCCGGGUGCUUCUGAAUCCAGUACUGGUGACAGAUGCUAUCUUUGUCAAUCACAAGUAGACCAUUAUUUGUAAAGUUUAUACAGUUCUCCUGAAAUACAUGGAAACUGUAGAAAACUUUAAAUAUAGCAGAGUUGAAGCAACAAUACAUUUUAUGAUCUAGAUACAACUAUUGCUAUCAUUAUAUUCAAUUAUAUUCACAUAUACACAUAGAGAGAGACACACACACACAUACACUAGAAUCAUAAAUUAAACGUUAUUCAGAUAUGUUUCGCUACAUUUGGAAUUCCAAAGUGAUUUUUUAACUAUGUGAUAUUAUAUAAUUGGAAAUAUCUGAUAGUAUAUAAUGAAAUAAGAAAUCACUCAUAUUUUGGGUUAUUGAUCGGUUACCUAUUUAUCUUUGCUUUCAAAAAUUGUUUCACAUUCAGAUCUGUGUGUGUGUGUGUGUGUGUGUGUGUGUGUGUGUGUGUGUGUGUGUGUGUGUAAACAUAUGUGCAUGAUAUAUCACAGUGCACAAGUGGAAUGGAGAAGAUAGCUUAGGAGAGGUGGUUGUUUCUUUGUACUCUAUAAUUUUUGAGAUAGAAGUCAGGUGUUCAGACUUGGGAGCAAACACAAGAUCACUGAACUCUCUCCUGGGUUAACAAAUGAUUGAUGGAUUAAUUGGUGAGGUUUUAUUGUGUGGCUCAAGCUGCCAUAAAGCUCCUGAACCUCUUUCUUCUGCUUCAGUAGUUCUAGGAUUACAGGCAUGAAUCACCAAGGCUAGCCAUGUUUAUGUUAGAUUGCGUUAGAAAAAGAAAGAGACAGUUAUUUUAAACACCUCUCUUUACAGCAAUGCUCCUUUCUUGUCAUCAUUUACUCUAAAAUUGUGUGGGUCAAUUUUCUUCUCCUUUAGCAGUUAUUAUACUGAGUGUCUCACAUCAAGAAAACCUCAGUGAACUGUCUUUUACCUUUGAAUUUGUCCUUUUAUAUGUUAUACAGUUCAUGCACUUUAUACUUGAUGAUUAGUGGGCUAGUUUCAGAUUCUUAUGAAAAACUUAAAAUAUGUCUGUACUUUAUAUAAUGAAGUUUAAAAAUAUACUGCAUGGCAAAAUUAUUAACUAAAUAAUUAAUAUUUACCAAAAUUGCCACUAUUUUAUUUAGUCUGCUAUUCUAUGGCCAAAUAUUUUUAGACAUUCAAAUUGUACAUUUUUGCCAACAUUGAUAUACUUCAGUAUGUAUGACAAACAUGUGGCAUGAUUCUUUGCAAUCCAAAAUGCAUUUUAAAUUCCUGACUAAAUCAGUAAUGUAUUCAGAUUGUCUUUUAAAAUAUCACUGCAUAUGCAUAUCAUUUUUAGUGACCUAUUAAAUUAUUUCUGUCUUAUUUUGAGUCUUUAAAAUUAUUUUAAAUUUGAAAAUUCUCAUUACUAGCUUCUCCAUAUGGUUUUUAGUACUAUGACAUAUUGAAGGAGUGGUUCUAGUAGCUCAGAUGCAAUCAUAGCACUAGAGACAGGAAGAUUCUUGAGGAUAGCUGCUCUCUAGCCUUGCCAGUUUCAACGAUAUACCUGUCUGAAGGGAAUAGUAGAGAUAAAGCAGGUUAUUGGUAGUCCUACUGUGGCAUCUAUAGAAGCACAUAGAAGUUCACCCAUACACUCCACACAUACACUGUAUACUCUCUUACCCUAACACUACAAAAUAUUUCUAAAGAGUAACCUGGACAUUAACUAAGCCACAAAACCCUCCUUCUACAGUUGGUCCUGCCUGCAAAAUGUGCUGGAGCAAAUUGACACGGAACUGGUUGGGCUGGCCAACCAAUGCUUUGUUAAAGUUGAGGCCCCUCCAGCUAAAGAGAGCUCAUUCGCUAUUCUGCCAGGAUUGCCAGAAAACAUACUAGACAGACCAGACAUCUGAUCCAGAAACGUAAUUGGCAAAACAAAAAACAAAAUAUAAAAGAAAACAAAAAGAACCACAAAACAAAACCACCCAAAACUAAAACAAAACAAAAAGCAAAACAAACAGAACAACAACAGUGAAAUAAUUUUUAAUGAUAUUCUGCUGUACUCAUAGAUCUGCUGUCAUCAGAGAGACUGCCUCCUCCAGUAGAUGGGAGUGGGUACAGAGACCCACAACCAGACAUUAUAGUAUAGAGAGGGUCUGAAUUGGAGGUUUCCAUAAAGCUCUUCCUCUUGGAGACCAGGGAAUGGAUCAGAGAACACAACAGAAGAGAGGGAGGAAGAGUUUAGGAGUCCAAGGAGAUGGUGGACAGCAAGAGAACAUGGUUCACUCAACCACCUAAGCAGACAGAGCUCACAUGGGUUCACGGAGACUGCACUAGUCAAAAAGGGACUAUUCCAGGUCCUCUGUGUAUAUGCUAUGACUGUUAACAUGGUGUUUUUGUGGGACUCUUAACAACUACUCUCUUGGUAGUGCCCCCUCACCCCCACCCCCGGUUAGGUUGUCUUGUCCAGCCUCAAUAGGAGGGCCUCUGUCUUAUAGUAUCUUUUGUAUUGUUGGGUUGCCUCUUGGAGGCCUGGUCUUUUCUGAAGGGGAAUCAAAGUUGAAGGUGGAUCUGGGAGAGAGGGGAGACUAGGAAGGAGGAUUGGAGGGAGGCAAGGCUAUGUUUGGUUUGUAUAGUGAGGGAAGAAGCUAUUUUCAAUUAAAAAAAAUUAAAAAAUCAUUCUUUCCUAAAUGUUGAAUUGCAUUCCAAGAUAACAAAAGAAGUUAUUUACUUUGUGUCUUUCUUUGUUUUCUUCACCUCUCUCUCUCUCUGUCUCUCUCUCUGUCUCUCUGUCUCUGUCUCUCUCUCUGUCUCUCUCUCUGUCUCUGUCUCUCUCUCUCUGUCUCUCUCUGUGUAUCUUUCUGUCUCUCUCUCCUAUUAUGAAUUUGCAUGGGACUUUCAUUUAGAUCUCUUAAUUGAGAUAAAUGUUAUAAUUUUAGACAAAUAGCUAUUACAAGAUAAAUUGAUGCAUCAGUUCAGGCAUGGUGCCGAAUGCCUUUAACUCCAAAACUGUAGAAGUAAGGACAGGUAGAAUAUUAUGAGUUAGGGAUGAUCCUGGACAACAUAAUGAGUUCCUGGACAGCCAAGGCUACAUAGAGAGACCCUUUCUCAUAGAAGUAAAUAAAAUAAAAUAUAAGGAGUAGGUACAUAUUCCAACUUUAUUAAGUUCAAAACUGUUUUUAAAUAGAUAUGAUAAUCUCAUCACCAGCAGCAGGGUAGAAGAUGUAUAAUGCUGUUUAGCUGUAUGUAAACUCAAGAGAGUUGAUUUAUUAAUUGUUUCCAUUCUAUUUGCAGUAGUACCUUGUUAUACUUUAAUCUGUAAUAAUACUGAAAGAUGCAAUACUGAUUAUUGUUUCCCAUUAAUUAAUUUAUUCAUUUUACAUUCUAAUCACUGAAUUUCCUCUUCCUGGUCCCUCAUCUUCCAUUCCCUCUUCUCCUCUGAGAAUAAGGAGACCUACUCAGGGUAUUAUGUCUCCACAUGGCUAGGCACAUCCUUUCUCACUGAGGACAGGCAAGGCAACCCAGUUACUGACUGGGAUGAGAUCCACAAACAGGCAAUAGGUUUAGGGACAGGCCCUGAUCAUGGUUAUUUUGUAACAUUUCUGUCAUAGGUACUUCUAUGGAAUUUUGUUCAAAUGCUUCUUAUACUGAAAUUUAUAGACAUAUUUUUAUUGUAAUUCCAAAAUACUAUAAUAUUCUUCAUAAUUUCCUUUUUUCAUAGAUAUAAUCUAUAAUCAUUUGUUUUCACUCUGUGGCUAGUCUUUCCAUUUUCUUAUUAGUAUUUCUUGUAGACUAUAAUAAUUAUCAAAAUUAUUGAGGUCACACUUUUGGCAUCUAUGAAUAUCACCAUUGUGGGACAAGAGAAGAUUUUGUUUGAAUCACUGAGAUAGGAACAAAUAAAUUCUCUACAGUAGAUAGUAGAGAAAGGCAGAAAGAAAUUUCACACAACUAGAAUAGGUAAUUUGCAGAUAGAUCCAGGAGAGAUCUAAUGAUCCUAUGUUGCUGGCCUUAAAGACACUCAUGAGCCAAAGAAAAAAAUCAACUGAAAGUGGUUUGGGAACUGGAAGAUUAAAGGAAGAUUAGAGAGACCCAUGGUACUGGUGUAGUCCUGCUCUAUCUUUUUUUUUUUUUUUUAAUCCAGUGAAUUCCAUGUUGAAAUUCUGACCUACAAAUGUGGCAAAUUAUAUACUGUGUGAUUCUUUUGCAAAAUUCUAUAAUAUUCUUUAUUCAAUUUAAAUGCAUCAGUGAGUAUUUUUCACUAUGUCACAACACAUAGUGAAAAACACUACAGUAUUUACAGUACUUACAUUGUAUUUUUCACUAUGUCACAGUACAUUUAAUUUGCUAAGCCAUGAUAAGUAACCCCAAAAUAUCCCUAAGCCACCAGGUGGAACCCAAACAGCUCAAUGGUUGACAAACAUGGGUUGUUGUUUUAUUUUAUAUAUGUCCAAAUAAAUACUUUUAAAGAACAUUGAGGUCGCACUUGGCUAUUGUCAAAGCAAAUUAAAUUGUAAGCUAACUUACACAACAGGAUGCACACAAUUUUGUUUCCACUUUUGCCAGUGGAGACAUUGAUGUCUAGGAAAAGAGUAGACAGGCUUCAGGAUUUGACAGUUCUUACCACUCUGCUACUCUGCAAUAAUCUUCUAAGGUCCUAGCUUUUUGGUUUGUUUCUUUGUUUGUUUUUCUAAUUAUAUAUAGAGAAAGUGAUGCUUUCUUUACUAUUACAACACAAGAGGUUAUGGACUUGCAGAAAACUCCAGGAAAAAUUCAUUCUGUCUAAACUCUGAAGCCAUGUUGUUCUAUGAGUAACGUCAGAUAUGUUCAUAGCUACCAGUACUAAUAGGAGUAUAUCCUCUUCUCAUAUUUAGACAAAGCUUAACUCAAUAUAAAUGUACUUAAUAUAUUUUCAAUUAUUUUUAAUGUUUAAUGUAGGCUUUUCUUUCUAUUGGAUAUUUUAUUUAUUUACAUUUCAAAUGUUAUCCUCCUUACCUGGUUUCCUCUCUGGAAACCUUCUAUCACAUACUCCCUCCCCCUGCCUCUAUUAGGAUGCUCACCCACCCACCCACCCACUCCUGCCUCCUUGUCCUGGCAUUCCUCUACACUAGGACAUUGAGCCUUCACAGGACUAAGGGCCUCAUUGAUGCCAGAUGAGUCCAUCUUCUGCUACAUAUUUGGCUGGAGCCUUCUUUGCAUUGUUGUUUGCCCUAACCAGUGAUUUGUUUAUUCUUAGCCAUGAUCCUCUGCUUGAAUUGCUCUUAUGGUCCUUGAUCUGCAAUAGAAAAACUUGACAGGCAAAGACUCUCUUCAUUUAUGUCCGAAUUUCUAUGAAUUAUAGUUUUUCCUUUGCUAGAAAUCCAAAAACAAUAAUUUUGUUGCAAACAACAAACUGAUCCAAAAUUCUUAUGAAGAAAAUGCUGUUUCAUUUAAUCCAACCGCUAAUAUUUCUCUCUCAGUCAUGACUUUGCAUGAGUUUAUAGGUCAUUCCUCUCAGCAUUUCCUGACUGUUUUCACAAUGCAAUUAUGCUGGAACAUACAGGAUACUUAAAAUUAUACAGGAGAAUUGAGAAACAAACACAUUUGGCUUGGAUCAGUUCUGUUCCUUUCUAGAAUAAGAGCUGGAAUCCUAAUACACACCAGAAUGAAUUAUUGCUUCUUGAAACACUGGAUAUUGAUGAUUCCUCUUCUAUGGCCUUGCCUUAAAGUUUCAGAGACCUUGAAAGCUGAGAAGGCUCGGAGAACAGUACCUUCCACUUGGAGAGCUAAGCGUGCCUGGGUGUGGAGACCAUUUGUUGUUCUAGAAGAAAUGGAUGAUAUACAAUGUGUUGGAAAGCUAAGAUCUGACUUAGACAAUGGAAACAACUCUUUCCAGUACAAGCUACUGGGGAUUGGCGCUGGAAGCUUUAGCAUUAAUGAAAGAACAGGUGAAAUAUGUGCCAUACAGAAGCUUGAUAGAGAGGAAAAAUCCCUCUACAUUCUGAGAGCCCAGGUAAUAGACACCACUAUUGGGAAGGCUGUGGAAACUGAAUCCGAGUUUGUCAUCAGAGUUUUGGAUAUCAAUGACAAUGAACCCAGAUUCCUAGAUGAACCAUAUGAGGCCAUUGUACCUGAGAUGUCUCCAGAAGGAACAUUUGUCAUCAAGGUGACAGCCAAUGACGCAGAUGAUCCUUCAACUGGCUAUCAUGCUCGCAUCCUAUACAACUUAGAACGAGGUCAACCAUACUUUUCUGUUGAGCCAACAACAGGAGUCAUAAGGAUAUCUUCUAAGAUGGAUAGAGAGUUGCAAGAUACAUACUGUGUAAUUAUUCAAGCCAAGGACAUGCUCGGUCAGCCUGGAGCCUUGUCUGGAACAACAACCGUAUCAAUUAAGCUGUCAGAUAUUAAUGACAACAAGCCAAUAUUCAAAGAAAGUUUCUACCGCUUCACUAUAUCUGAAUCUGCACCCAUUGGAACAUCAAUAGGGAAAAUUAUGGCAUAUGAUGAUGACAUAGGGGAGAAUGCAGAGAUGGAGUACAGCAUUGAAGAUGAUGAUUCAAAAAUAUUUGACAUAAUCAUUGACAAUGACACCCAAGAAGGGAUAGUUAUACUUAAAAAGAAAGUUGAUUUUGAGCAGCAGAGCUAUUAUGGCAUUAGAGCUAAGGUUAAAAACUGCCAUGUGGAUGAAGAGCUUGCACCUGCCCAUGUUAACGCUUCCACAACCUACAUUAAAGUUCAAGUAGAAGAUGAAGAUGAACCUCCUGUUUUCCUCUUACCAUAUUACAUACUUGAAAUUCCUGAAGGAAAACCAUAUGGAACAAUUGUGGGGACGGUUUCUGCCACAGACCCAGAUCGAAGACAAUCUCCUAUGAGAUAUUAUCUCACUGGAAGCAAAAUGUUUGAUAUCAAUGACAAUGGAACAAUAAUCACCACUAACAUGCUUGACAGAGAGGUCAGUGCUUGGUACAACUUGACUGUCACAGCUACUGAAACAUACAAUGUACAACAGAUCUCUUCAGCCCAUGUUUAUGUACAAGUCUUUAACAUUAACGACAAUGCUCCAGAGUUCUCUCAAUUCUAUGAGACUUAUGUUUGUGAAAAUGCUGAAUCUGGUGAGAUAGUUCAGAUCAUCAGUGCAAUUGAUAGAGAUGAGUCCAUAGAAGAUCACCAUUUUUACUUUAAUCACUCUCUGGAAGACACAAACAACUCAAGUUUUAUGCUAACAGACAAUCAAGAUAACACAGCUGUAAUUCUGAGUAAUAGAACUGGUUUCAAUCUUAAAGAAGAGCCUGUCUUCUACAUGAUCAUCUUGAUUGCUGAUAACGGGAUCCCAUCUCUCACAAGCACAAACACUCUCACUAUCCAAGUCUGUGACUGUGGAGACAGUAGAAACACAGAAACUUGUGCUAACAAGGGACUUCUCUUUAUCAUGGGAUUCAGAACAGAGGCAAUAAUUGCCAUCAUGAUAUGUGUUAUGGUAAUAUUUGGGUUUUUCUUUUUGAUUCUUGCUCUGAAACAGCGAAGAAAGGAGACUCUAUUUCCAGAGAAGACUGAAGACUUUAGGGAGAAUAUAUUUUGCUAUGAUGAUGAAGGCGGCGGGGAAGAAGACUCGGAAGCCUUUGACAUCGUAGAGCUGAGACAAAGUACAGUAAUGAGAGAAAGAAAGCCUCAGAGAAGCAAGAGUGCGGAGAUCAGGAGCUUGUACAGGCAGUCCCUGCAGGUGGGCCCAGACAGUGCCAUAUUUCGAAAAUUUAUCCUAGAGAAGCUUGAAGAAGCCAACACAGACCCAUGUGCUCCCCCCUUUGAUUCACUACAGACGUUUGCCUAUGAGGGAACAGGGUCAUCAGCUGGCUCUCUGAGCUCCUUGGCAUCCAGAGACACUGAUCAGGAGGAUGACUUCGACUACCUUAAUGACCUGGGACCUCGUUUUAAAAGAUUAGCAAGCAUGUUUGGCUCUGCAGUACAACCCAACAAUUAAGGCUUUCUUAAUAUCAGCAUGCAAUAAAUAUUAAGGUAUAUUUAUAUAAAAUGACAGGUUUUGGGGAGAAUUUCCUCCUCUGGAUUUCUGCUGGCAGGAGACCUGAUUUGUAAAAUUAUGAUCUCUUCAAGUACACAGUGAUAGUGAUUUGUUAUUCAACACAGAGGUUGGGAGGGAGGCAGCCAAUCAGAGUUGAUAUGUCACUGCAAAGAAUGAGUACUACAACAUUGAAAUGGUCAUUGAGAAAUUUUCCGUGUAAUCCAAUGUAGAUUUUCAACAAUUCUGAAGGACAAAAUGAGAAAUUUGCCAAAGAAAGCUAUCCACGUACAAAGUAAGUAGGAAGCCUCUAUGUGUACUAUGCUCUUGAUACUGUGCAGAGAUCAAUUUUUAACAACAAGGAGAAUUCUGGGUGGUUUCAUAAAGGAACACAAAUAUUUUUAUAUGAAUAACCAGUUUUCUGAUUGAUAUAGUAUGCAUUAUUAGAAACGGUUAAAAUGUUUUCAGAGAUUACUCUUUAAUACUCCAAAUUUGGCUCUAUUUAAUAUAUAAAUUAAUCAGAGUUACAUAACAACCUGUGUUGUUUGAUUAUUCUGAGUUUGCACAAAGAAAGAAAUCAAGUGAUAUGCCUAGGGGCUUUCAUAGAUUUAUAUUUUUAGCAACUCCAAAUGCCUUUCCUUUUCAUGUGAAAUUAAAAUGACCAAAUACAUGUCAACAUUUACUUAUGAUUAAAUUAUGAAUAGUGGGACUGAUGGAAAGUACAGAAAAAUUUUAAGGACAUUUUGUUUUCUAAUGAGGUUAAGAUAGCUAAAUAACAUCUCUACUGGAUUCAAAUUUGAAUUAUUAUUUACCUCAAAUAUUAUAAUUACCUGCACUGUCUAUCUCUAUUCUCAGAAAUAAAAGCAUGGUGCCACUCUCUUCGUUACUUUUCUGUUAGGAGCUUAGGAUGUGGCUUAUUACCCAGUGUCAUUUUAAAAAUAUUGAAAUAGAAAUAAGACACAAUGGAAACAUCUCAUUAUAGCAUUAUGGAAGAACUAAGCUGUCAGUCAUAAAACUUCAGGGUAAAUUAGGCUACAUGGUAAUUGGUAAUAAAACACAGUAUUUUAAACUGACUUUAAAAGAAUGUUUCUUUUUAUAUCCAAGUCAAGAUGGAGUUCAAAUUUGAUAUUUCAUUUGUAAAUAAUGUAUUGAGUACAAUGGUUUUAAAAUGUAUAAUGUGUCCUUUUCUUACUGUAUGGCCUUGAACUAAACUAUGUAUAUGUAUAUGAAAUAUUUCACAUAAUUUUAUAUGUAAUUGAGCAGUUGAAUAGCUAUAUUUUUCUGUGUAAUCUGAAACAUAUACACCCAUUUAACAUAAUAAAGGGAAAGAAUAUCAUUUUGGAAUGGGAAUCACUUUGUUUAUACCACAGAUAUUACUUAUAAGACUAUGAAACAGUCACAUUUGAAGUAUACCAUUUAAGAGAGUAAAUUAGAUGAGACAUUGUGUGUUAUUGUAGAUCAUUACACAUCAAUAGUGUUAUGCUAAGGGCAGAAAUAAAGUACAAAACAGAAAUGUUACAAAGAAAAACCUAAAACCUAUAAUUCACCUGGAGAUGCAUUCAUUAGAAAUUUAUUAUUCCUAUCACAAUGUCCUGCUGUUCAAUAAUAUUUCAGAUAUUAUAAUGAAUAAAAUCACUCUAUGAACGGUUAUUUUGAAAAAUUUAAAAGAAGUUUUAUGGAACCUUUGCUGUAAGCCUGGAAAGUCUGAUGAACAAAGAUGAUUAAAUACAAAAUAAAUGGAGUUAAGAAAAAAUUAGGUCUUGGGAUCAUCGCAGGAAUUUAAAGCAUACCUUCCCUGCCAGCAUCUGUAUGAACAGCUUAUACAUGAUAUAAAAUGUAGAAUGUCUAUAUCUUAUGACCAGUUACUGUUUGCAGCUUAGUGAGAAACACACUGCAAUUUGUAUAGUGAUAAGAUUGUCCAAUAAAGAUACAUUCAAAAAAUGGAAUAAUCAUAUUGAUAAUUAUAGUAAAAUAUGUAAAAUUUUCAUCAUCCUACAGAGUGAUAUCUAAUAUUGUAUACCUUUAAUAACUAAUAAUUCAUAAAAUCUUAGAAACAAUAAUAAACAGUAUUAGUAGUUGUAUAUUUUCUCAUUAAUCACAAGUGCUGCAAAAAUUCAUGUUUACUAUGUUGAAUACAUUCCCUGAUUUUUGAAUAGUUUAAUAACACCUAAAUUAAUGUGGUUAUACAUAUGUUCCAAUUUUAUAUUAAUAAGCUCUUCAUCCAACUCUCAAUCUUAUAUAGAAGUUUCUAAUAGCAAUUCUUUAAAAUAAGCAAUACUUAAAGUUAAUAAUAGAAAUCAAAUUAUAUAAGCAGCACUAAGUUUCUCAGAAUAAUUUUCUGCCACUUGAUAUGAGUGUGAGAUAAUUUACUUUAAUUUACAUAACUGUGAACUUGAGGACCCAUCUAAUCUUUAUGAACCUCAAUUUAUAAUCUAUAGAAAAAGCUGAAUUUCCUUAUUCGCUUCAUUAUAAUGGAGAAUAGACAAUAAGGUGAAAAAUAAAAACACUAUGUAGAUAGUGACCAAACCUAAUGACUCAGUCAAUGACAUAGCAUCAUGCUAGCAUCUAAUUUAUGGUAUUGUGAUACUAAUCCUUCUUUUUCUUACAAGGAGUGUUCCCAAAGCUUCUUAACACCUAUGACAAUAAGCAACUAUGUUCUGAGCCAUUCAGCAUUUAUCACUCUGUCUUUACUUACACAUGGUAUUCUUUCUUUCUCUCACUGUUGAGUCUCAUAAUGUCAUAUCAAUACCUUCUUCAAAUCUUUCCUCUUAUUCUUAUCUCCUCAUAGUUUGUAUCUCAUCAGUGAUGAUUUACUUAGCAAGACACGCUGACUACUAAUUUACUUUUAGUAGUACUUACUUUGCCUAUGCUUAAGAAUGCACACCACUUAGCUUCAUAAUAAUAAAUAAUAGUAUAAAAGUAUGUAGUUUCUUUUUCCUUCCAUUAUUAAAACUUAAGCCAUUCGUGGGACAGAUAUUAUGAAUUUCCUUCUUUUAUAUUUAUCUGAAAUAUUUGCCAGCUCGUAGAAAAUAAGCAACAGAUAUUCUCAUUAGGAUUUAACAAUGAAUUCUUUUUUUUUCCUUUUCUUUUUUUUUCCAUUUUUUAUUAGGUAUUUAGCUCAUUUACAUUUCCAAUGCUAUACCAAAAGUCCCCCAUACCCACCCACCCCCACUCCCCUACCCACCCACUCCCCCUUUUUGGCCCUGGCGUUCCCCUGUACUGGGGCAUAUAAAGUUUGCGUGUCCAAUGGGCCUCUCUUUCCAGUGAUGGCCGACUAGGCCACUUAUCUAUUUUAUUUAGCCACAUGGGGAAUUUCUAUGAAUUAUUUUCAUUCAUAUUAGAAUAUAAUAUAGAAGUAAUGUUAUUUAGAGGUCAGUUUAGGUUACUUCUUUGAAAUGGAAAGUAUUUUUAAAAUAUGUGACAAAGACAUUUUAGUUUGGAUUUAUUGAUAAUAAACUAGGCCAGUGCAUAUUGAUAAAUUAUACUAUUGGGAUAUAAUAAUUCUGAUUGUUACUAUAGUCAGUUUUGGGGACAACAAAGGAAGGAAAAUAAAAGACUUUAAUUUUAUGCUUCCAACCUCAUUUUAUUCUUCAGAGGACAACAAGCAGUUACUAGACAGGUACAAUUUACUCAUUUUACCCACCAGAAAAUAUGUCUUCUACUACAUAAAAGAUCCUAUUGUAUACUACAGAACACAGUUCACUCAUCACAUGCAUACUGAGGCACUCAGUGCUCCUCAGUUUGUGUCAUUUAGCUUGAGUUUGGCAUUCCAUACACCAAAGUAAAGACUAAUUACAUAGAUGGAAACAAGGUAUACACCGCAUUUUGUAUAUUCUACUGUCACUGUCAAUUAUUGAUAAAAUAAUUUGCUGGAAAAGACGAGACUGGCUGGUCAAGAAUAGGAAAUAAAUUGGGACUUUUUGAAAUUUUAGCCAUAAUUCACUUAGGGAAUUCUAAGGUUAACAGCUGAUCAAUCAUGCCAUGGUGGGAGAAGGAAGGGCAUUAAAUAACUUAUUGUUCGCUCUUAAACAGGCAAAGUAACAAGUUUUCAAUUUGUCAAGCAUUUCAUCUUUAGAAGUAUUACAAAGUUGUAGAGGUUGAGAAAAAAGCUUAUGUCAGUCAUGCAAAGACUGUUUCACGUGGGUAAAGGAACAACAGAUACCAUUUUCUCGAGACGAGUUUCUGAAAAUAUACUGCACAAUGGAUCCUAGGAGAGCCCAAUCAAAGGCCUACUCUCUUCUCAAGAGACCAAGGUAGUGCGAUUAUACAGUUCCUGCAUCCUUUCUAUGACCUUAACUGUACUACUCCCACCUCAUCCUGAAUUUCUGAGUACCACAAUCAGUUACUAGAUAGGUACAAAAUAUAUAUUUUAUCCUCAAGAAAAUAGCAAAGUCCUCUUCUACAUAGUAAAUGAGUUCUUGUGUGUAUUUCAAAAUAACCAGAAGUGAUGGGUCUUUCUAAUAAAUAUUUGGUCCCUGUGUGCAACAGAGUAAUCAAUGCAAAGAUGUCUAUAACUUAAAAAAAAAAGCUAUUGUAUUGAUUAUUCAUUUUUAUAUCAAAAUUAGUAAAAUGGCUUUAUAUAACUAAUCUAAAUCAACUUACAUAUAAUAGAAUUCUAAAAACAAUUAAAAUUCCAUUUUCUAAUUUAAAACAUAAGCAAAACAUCCAAAUAAAUUAUGAUUUUAAUGUUCAUAAAAUACCCUAGAUCAAAUUAAAUCAGUUUAGUUUAUGUUAUUCUAUACAUUUCCUUACUCAUAUUAGUAUUUAAAAUAUGACCUUUAUUAGUAACUUCCACUGUAUAAAAUUACAUAUUUCUACUACAAUGUUAAUUCCAAUGUUUCAUGACUAGAAAAAAUUUAAAAACUCAAUAAAAUGUUAAUACCAUAACAGAACAUGGACAUGAUUUCAUUAGCUCUAAAAACUAAUUUCAAACAUUUCCACAUUUUACCUUAUUUGUAUUCUAGAUUAGUGGUCUAUAAUGUUUACUUUUAAUUAUUUUCUACCUCCUAACAUUUUUUUUGCUGUCUAACCUUGGGCAAUUUAUUUAAAACCCUCUCCCUUGACACCCAGAUCUAUGCAAUAGGGAUAUUAAGAAUGCAUGAAACUUUUGUAAAAUCUAACUGAAUUUCUAACACAAGGGAAGUUAUACAUUAUAUUAUACUAGACCUAAUGAAUGUAUAUAUAACAUUCCUAAUUUACAACAGAUAUUGCAGGUAUUUACCUACUGUUAUUACUAAAUAAUGACAAGUAUUAUAAUAAUAAUGUUACCUUCAGACCGUUCAUAGACCUAACUCCUUAUUCAACUACUAGAAUUAAAAUGGAUAAGAAGAAAUAAAAUGAAUUAAUUUGGGGAAAUAAUUAGCUUACUUUUCCUUCCUGCUCCCUCCCACUUGAUCCCUCGGGGAACUUUUCUGUUAUUACCAAAGGAAAAAUUAAUUGCUUAUGUCAUACAUUAUGCAUUGAAUUUUCUUGUAGAAAAUAUUUUUUUCUCUGCCAUUUAUUUGGGAAAAAGUAAAAAGUUGAAUGUCAACUAACUUUCUAGCAACUUAUUCUGGUAUAUGUAUUUGGCAAAUAAAACUUUUAAAGUAGA